GUGCAACUUUGAAUGACACACUGGCCUGUCUGAGUCCCAGUUUCCAGAUCUGUAGAGGGGGGAUGAGUUUUUCCAUGCCAACUCUCUGGGGGGAUUUGUUCACCCCUCCCUCCCUCUCUUUCUUGAUCCAGGUCCAGGAUGGGGGCCAUGCCUAUCUGGGCCUCGGGCCUCCUGGUGCUCCAGAUACUGCUCUUGGUGGAUGGGGAACAGGGCACACAGGACACCACUGCUGUUGCCACGGCUGCUGCGGAGAAGGGGCUCCGCAUGCAGAAGGUGGGGUCUGGCUCUGUGCGGGCUGCACUGGCGGAGCUGGUGGCCCUGCCCUGUUUCUUCACCCUGCGGCCACGGCCGAGUGCAGCUGGAGAAGCCCCUCGGAUCAAGUGGACCAAGGUGCACACCGCAUCAGGCCAAUGGCAGGACUUGCCCAUCCUGGUGGCCAAGAACAACGUGGUUAGAGUGGCCAAGGGUUGGCAGGGACGUGUGUCUCUGCCCGCCUACCCCCAGCACCGGGCCAACGGCACGCUGCUACUGGGGCCCCUGAGGGCCAGCGACUCCGGGCUGUACCGCUGCCAGGUGGUGAGAGGCAUCGAGGAUGAGCAGAACCUGGUAUCCCUGGAGGUGACCGGUGUUGUGUUCCACUACCGGGCAGCCCAGGAUCGCUAUGCACUGACCUUUGUCCAGGCCCAAGAGGCCUGUCGUCUCAGCUCAGCCACCAUUGCAGCCCCACGGCACCUGCAGGCUGCCUUUGAGGAUGGCUUUGACAACUGUGAUGCGGGGUGGCUCUCUGACCGCACUGUUCGGUAUCCUAUCACCCAGUCCCGUCCUGGUUGCUAUGGUGACCGUAGCAGCCUUCCAGGGGUGAGGAGCUAUGGGAGGCGCGACCCACAGGAACUCUAUGAUGUGUAUUGCUUUGCCCGUGAGCUGGGGGGCGAGGUCUUCUACGUGGGCCCAGCCCGCCGGCUGACCCUGGCUGGCGCUCGUGCCCAGUGCCGCCGCCAGGGCGCAGCGCUGGCCUCCGUGGGCCAGCUGCACCUGGCCUGGCACGAGGGCCUGGACCAGUGCGACCCGGGCUGGCUGGCCGACGGCAGCGUGCGCUACCCGAUCCAGACGCCGCGCCGGCGCUGCGGGGGCCCCUCCCCCGGCGUGCGCACCGUCUACCGCUUCGCCAACCGCACUGGCUUCCCGGCCCCUGGAGCGCGCUUCGACGCCUACUGCUUCCGAGCUCAUUACCCUACUCCACAACAUGGAGACCCAGAGACCCCCUCAUCUGGGGAUGAGGGGGAGAUUCUAUCGGCAGAAGGGCCUCCAGCCAGAGAACUGGAGCCCAACUUGGGGGAAGGGGAAGUGGUCACCCCUGACUUCCAGGAGCCUCUGCUGUCGAGUGGGGAGGAAGAGCCUGUGAUCUUGGCAGAGAAGCAGGAGUCUCAAGAGACCCCCAGCCCUGCCCCUGGGGUUCCCACACUAGCCUCAGGGCCUUCCCUGGAGGCUGAGGAGGUGUGGCUGAGCACCGCGGCCCCGUUCUCCAGCAGCCUGGAGGAAGGCACCUCGGCUGGCACGCACAGCAAGGCGACUCCAGCCAACCUCAAGCCCAAGAGGCGGAUUCGCUUUAAAGGGUUGAACGGGCGCCACUUCCAACAACAGGAAUCCCAGCAAGGGCUGGAGGGAAGGCUUGAGGUCAGUGCCCAGCCUCCCACCCCAGAGGCUGCUGGGAAUCAUGUGGAGCCUCCCCUGGCCACCGGAGCCACAGACUCCUUAGGGAGUGACAGGAGCCAAAGCCCCUGGGCGGUGCUGUCCAAUGAAGUGGAUGUGCCUGGAGCUGGUUCCCCUGGUGGCAGGAGCCCUCCAGAGCCCUGGCUGUGGCCCCCAACAGUGGUGCCACCCAGCAUCCCAGGCCCCAGCAGGGCCUUUGGCCUGGAGUUGGAGGAAGCCAAGGGCCCCAGUGUGAGGCUUGAUACCCUCAAACUUCCCUGGUCCCCUUCAGAGGCCACGGCUCUGUCUCCCAGCCCCUCAGAAGAUCCCAGUAGUGUCCCCUGGGAGGCGUCCCCCAUGGUCACUUCCCUAGACCUCCCUGUCAUGGCCAUGCUUCGUGCUCCCAAAGUGUGGCUCCUACCACAUCCUACACCCCUCCCUACCCAGACCAAUGAGGUUAAGGGUCAUAGUGAGGCCAUGCCCUCUGCCCUACCUUCCCUGGCCUCAGAGACCCAGGCUGGUCCCCAGAACCCCAUCCAUCCAGAGAUGUAUUCCUUGCCCCCCUCCUUGGGCCUGACAGGACAAGGUCGAGAGGCCGCUCCCACAGCCCUCUCACAAGUAGCCACGGACACACAAACCAGAGCCAGUCCUAAUGCCCCCAGGACAGACUUUGGAGAAAUUGGGGGGACCAGCCCCACUGGACUCAAUGAAGCUGAGCACCCCAGAUCCAGCCCACAGGCUUCUGUGGAUUGGAAUGUGGCAGCAGAUUUCACCCUCACAGAGAUGGCAACUGAGCCCACAGGAGGGAGAGGAAUCUCAGGGUCUGAGUAUGGGGUCCUCUACACAGCAGAGAGUCCCACUUCCAGCUCACAGGCCCCUGUGCGAGAGGCACAGGGCACGAGCCCCUCACUGCACAUCAAAGAGCUGGACCCCCACACCCCCUCUGCACCGUCGGGGGACCCCAGAGUUUCCCUGAGUUUGGAGCCUUGGGCUGCUACAGAUGAAGGAGGUACAGAGGGUCCCACAGAUACAGCCACAGUGGACCCCAGUGAUGCUGGUAGGAUUUGGGAAUCUGGAUCCCUCAUGGUUGAAGGAGCUGAACGCCCCACCAUGAGCCCUCAAGUGGCUGUGGAUACGAAGGUGGUGACGUCCCUCGUGUCCCUGGACCAGGGGGACAAGGGUGGGGUCCUGGCCACGUCCACCAUGGACUCCUCCAGCUCCCAGCCCCACCCAGAGCCAGAGGGCCAGGUGGUGACCCAGGGAACACUGGAAGCCUCGGUCCCUCCGCGUGAGGGCAUCCCCCUGGGGGAUCCCACUCUUCCUCCUUGGACACCUACAGUGGCCAGCAUGGACGAGCCUGUGCCAGUGUCCGCAGGGGAGCCAACAGUGCUAUGGGACUCCCCCAGCACUCUGCUGCCUGCCCCUCGGGUCCUGGACAAGUUUGCGCUGGAGGUCCUUGCAGGAAGUGCCAAUGUGGAGGAGGCAUCGAGUGGAGAGGAGCCGGCCCUGCCAGGGACCCCUGCAGAUGGGAGCGCAGAGCAGACCCCCUCGGAUCCCUGCGAGAACAACCCUUGCCUGCACGGGGGCACCUGUAGAGCCAAUGGCACCAUCUACGGCUGCAGCUGUGCCCAGGGCUUUGCUGGGGAGAACUGUGAGAUCGACAUCGACGACUGUGUGUCCAGUCCCUGUGAGAAUGGAGGUACCUGCAUCGAUGAGGUCAACACCUUCAUCUGCCUUUGCCUCCCAAGCUAUGGGGGCAGCCUCUGUGAGAAAGACACGGAGGGCUGUGACCGCGGCUGGCACAAGUUCCAGGGCCACUGCUACCGGUACUUUGCCCAUCGGCGGGCGUGGGAGGAUGCCGAGAGGGACUGUCGCCGCCGAGCUGGCCACCUGACCAGCAUCCACUCACCUGAGGAACACAACUUCAUUAACAGCUUUGGGCGUGAAAACACGUGGAUUGGCCUGAAUGACAGGAUCGUGGAGAGGGAUUUCCAGUGGACGGACAACACAGGGCUGCAAUAUGAGAACUGGAGAGAGAACCAGCCAGACAAUUUCUUCGCGGGCGGGGAGGAUUGUGUGGUGAUGGUGGCACAUGAAAGUGGGCGCUGGAACGACGUCCCCUGCAACUACAACCUCCCCUAUGUCUGUAAGAAGGGCACAGUGCUGUGUGGUCCCCCUCCGGCAGUGGAGAACGCUUCGCCCAUCGGGGCCCGCAAGGCCAAGUAUAACGUCCAUGCCACUGUGCGCUACCGGUGCGACGAAGGAUUUACCCAGCACCACGUGUCCACAAUCCGGUGCCAGAGUAAUGGCAAGUGGGACUGGCCCCAAAUCGUCUGCACCAAACCCAGAAGGUCCCAUCGGAUGCGGCGACACCAUCACCACCACCAACAUCACCACCAACGCCACCACCACAAAUCACACAAGGAACGCAGAAAACACAAGAAGCACCCGGCAGAGGACUGGGAGAAGGAGGAAGGGAAUUUCUGCUGA